AAAAAAAAAAAAAAAGGAUGAAAAGAACGUUUAGAGUUUGCAGAUUCAAAUGAAAGGGGAACUUUAGAGGCACAAUGGUGAGCUGAGUAUUCUUUGAUUAUGAGAGAAAACAGGGUUGGUAAGUGGAAUUGGGUGGAGAUAUUGGGAGGAAUCUGAUUCUGGGAGGUUGAGGAUGCAAAGAAGACGAAGUUGAAAACCAUUUCAUCUCAGCCCUAGUUCUCAUCGUUUACCAGGUAUGUAUGCACUCACCUUUGUCCUUGAUGUUACCAUGUUGCCGCUGAGCAGCAGCUCUGUAAGUCUCUCUCUUCUUUUUUCAUUAUUGAUGUUCAAAUCAUCAAAUGUUCAAUCAUGAGUUUAAAGUGUUGAACUUCUUAAUCAAUCUGUGUUUAAGUUUGCUAAAAAGUAUUAUAAAGGAUAAAAUUUAAAUUUUGGCUGAACUGCUGAAGUUCUGACAUUGCUACCAAGUAUAUUUUUGUAAGUUAAACCUGUGAAACCACCAUUGCUUGAAUUGAGUAUUUUGUUAUUCAUUCAUGUCACAAUGAGUCAUUGUAUUAUAAUAUGGUAUGCUUUAAUUGCUUGGCUAAGUUUUAGAGGGAGCUUAUUUCAUGAUAUGGAUUUUCCCUUGUGGCAUAUGAAGAGCAGGUAUUACAAGUUAAGGUAAGACCAACACAAAGGCUCUGUUUGGUUUAGCUUAUUUGGUAUGGAAUGAUAUUUUUUGAACUUAUUUUGUCUGGAAAAUUAACAUUUUUGUUUUCCUGAAAUUGUCUUAUUUGUGUGUGAUUUGUCUAAAUGCAUUUUUCCUCAACCUAUUUUGGGUGUUGCAGAUCUUGUAGAACUCGGACAGGAAGAGACAGUCUUGAAUCCUGCCAAUCUGCCAUUAAUAUCAAAAUCUUUUCAAAAUCUCACGUACUUUAAUCCAAACACCAAUAUAGCACGUUUUGUCACUUCAUUUGCCUCAAAAAGAAACUCAGCACAUGGCCAGUACCGCCAGUGGUAAGGGAGUAGCUAUACACAGACAAGUUUUCUAGCACAAUUUAUUUAGAUAAUAAUUCCUUGAAUUCUGCUGAACUAUCUUUGUUAUUCAGAUCAAUCCUAGGUGAUGGUUCACGUUUUGCCUUUUCUUGAAUCCAUUUUACAAUAAUUGGUAUAAUGAUUAAGCAUAUUAUUUUUAGAUAAUAAGGAGAUAUUUAUUUAUUAAUGCAUUGGUUAUUGUUUCCUAUUACAAGUUUAAAAUUGCAUAAGCCUUUUUUUGUCCUUGUAUCUAUACGAGCUUGGUAAAAACGGCAUAUUGUGUGGUUGUAGAUUUUUUCUUACGUAAGGAAGUGUUGUCAUAUGAGGAAGGUGUUCUUACAAGAGCCUUCUCAUGAUAUACAAUAUUCCACUCUGCAAAUUUACAAAAAAGGAGAUAAUUGAUAGAGUGACAGUAAAAGGGGGAAGAUAAAAAAAGCACCAUGCCACUCUUGAACUGUCAGAAUUAAUUUUUCAACUCAUUUUCAAUGGGAAAAAAAAAAAAAAAAAAUUAGAGUUUGCAGGUUCAAAGGAAGGGGGAAUUUAGGGUCACAAUGCCUUGAGUACUCUUUAUGGCAUUGGGAGGAAUCUGAUUGUGAGAGAUUGAGGAUGCAAAGAAGACGAAGCUGGCAACCAUUGCAUCUCAGCUCUAGUUCUCAUCGUUGGCGGCAUGAUCUGAUAUCUCACAUUAGCAGGUAAUGUACACACUCACCUUUGGCCUUGAUGUUACCAUGCUGCUGCUGAGGAGCUCUGUAAGUCUCUUCUUUUUUCAUUGUUGAUGUUUCGAAUGUACAAUCAUAAAUUUAGGGUAUUGAACUUCUUUAUCUAUCUGCAUGUAAGUUUGCUAAAAUUACUAAAGUAUAAAAAUCAAAUUUAUCUGAAGGGUGAAAGGGUCCUAAGAUUGCUAUUUGUACCAGGUAUAUUUUGUACCUUAAACCUGUGAAACCACCAUUGCUGGAAUUAACUGUUUUGGUUCUUCAGUGCUGUCUCAGAUAAGUGAUUGUAUUUGUAUUGUCAUGAUAUGAUAUGUUAUGUUUUAACUGAUUGGCUAAGUUUAAAAGGGAAUUUACUUGAUGAUUUAGAUUUUCCCUUUUGGCUUAUGAAGAACAGUUAUUUCGAGUUAAGGUAAAACAACACUAAGGCUCUUUUAUUCGGCCAAUUCAGGUCCGGUAGUUUAAACACAAAUUGAAUCCAUCCCUUGAUAAAACUCACCAUUUGUUGCGACUUGGUACCGUUCUUGACACAAGAGAACACUGGAAAAUUGUAAUAUGAAAGGAAGGGAGUAAUGAAUUCUUGUUUGUGAUGACGGGCCAGUAAUAAAUAGGCCCAACUGCCCAAGUCAAUAUAAACCCUCUAAGCCAGUCAAUUAUACCCGGUCUACUAAUAAAGGUCCACGAUUCCUUUAUUGAGGACUAACUUUUCCCAUUCAUUGAAGCGUUGUUUGACUUGUGUCUUAUUCCUCUCAACUGCUCCAUUGAAAUACAAUAACUCAUCAAAAGCUUCAUAUUCUUCAAUUUCUAGUAAAGCAUUUUUCAUUAGCUAUAAACAAAUUUUUAUGAUUAUUUCUUGGAAGAAAUCGAGAUUUUUGACAAAAAAAUCGAUUUGAUUGAACUGAAAUCAACCCAGAAUUCGACUGCUUCUUCAAAUCACUUCAGAAAUUUUCAUCAAAUUGCAGCUUCGUUUGAACUGAAUUCAGCAUUGACGUGCUAUAAUGGAUCACUUCGUCUGAUCUCAUUUAGCUGUUAAUUGUGCAGUACUCCACCAACAAAUUCAUAUAAAGCUAUGUGAACACCUAUUGUUAAGUUGGUGCACAAAUAAAAAUAAAAAAAAAUGUUAGAAGAGGGGUGGAGUUGUUUGGGUUGUCACACAGCAUUGCUAAAUGUUAUUGUUGCUCUACUAUGGCCAAUGCUAGCUUCAUUGGCCAGUCAGCAUAUCGCCGGGGUAUCAUCAGCAACUGCUGAUGCUACCUCACAGAUAGCCCUUCCAAACUGUCCUGAAAAAUGUGGCAACAUCUCGGUCCCUUACCCAUUUGGUGUAGGAGAUAAGUGUCACUAUGGAACCCCAUUUGAUGAUGGCAGAUAUUUCAACCUCAGUUGUAACACUAGUGCCAAUCCUCCAAUUCUUGCCUUGGGAAAUAAGGUAGAGAUAAAGGAAAUUACUUUGAAGGGUGAACUCUUGGUACAUUACCCUAUUUCAUAUCGUUGUUAUGAUAAGUCUAAUACUUCUGCUCCUUCUGCUGAAUAUCGAGCCUGGAUACGUACAAAAAGGUUUCCUCUUUCGACAACCAAAAAUGUCAUUGGUGCCAUUGGAUGUGAUACUUUUGUGAUGCUGAAUGGUACAAUGAACAACAAGAGAGUGUUCCGUUCUGGGUGUAUGACUGUGUGUGCUGCACCUGAAGAUGUUGAUACUAGAUCAUGCACUGGCAUAGGCUGUUGCCUGGUUUCCAUUCCCAAUGGAGUAAACAAUGUUGAUUUAACAUUUAGUAGUCCGAGUGAUCAGCAGUUGGUGCAAGAUUUCAACCCGUGCAGUGUCGCCUUUGUUUUGGCUAAGGAUCAUGCUGCAGACAAUGCACUACCUUACCCUAUCAGACAGAUUCUAACCCAAGAUAAUACUUAUUACCCGGAUCUGAAGUUUCCAGUUUUCUUUGAUUGGUCGCUUGGGAACACAACUUGUGAAGCAGCUCGAGCAGCUGGGAUUUACAUGUGCAAGGGAAAUAGCAAAUGUUAUGAGAAGCAAUACCAGGAUGGAUACCGCUGCAAAUGCAACCCAGGGUUUCAGGGUAACCCUUAUCUUCAUGACUGCCAAGAUAUUGAUGAAUGUGCGGAUGAAAACAAUAAUCCAUGUAAGAAACUGGCACUCUGCAUCAACACUCGUGGAAGUUAUAAUUGCAAAUGCCCUGGAGGCUACAGUGGCAAUGGCACACUGAUUAAUCCUUGUGUUCCUGAUCUCAACACUAACCAUCAUGGUCGAUACAAGUUGUUAGUAGGAUUGAGUGUGACACUGAGUUCAAUACUUCUGUUUCUCGGUGGAUGGUGGGUAAAUUCAUUAAUCAAGAAAAGGAAGGUUGUCAAACAAAGAGCUAAAUACUAUGAGAGAAAUGGUGGAUUGUUGAUGCAUCAACAAAUGUCUUCUGGUGACGGAGUUGUAGAGAGAAUGAAAGUUUUCACAAUUGAGGAGUUGGAGAAAGCCACUGACCACUUCAACGAAAAUAGAAUACUUGGACGAGGAGGCUAUGGUACUGUCUAUAAAGGAAUGCUUGGUGAAGGAAGAAUUGUUGCUGUAAAAAAGGCAAAACUAGUGAAAGAAAGCAAUCUUGAGGUAUUCAUUAAUGAAGUUGUUAUCUUAUCACUAAUUAAUCACAGGAAUAUUGUGAAGUUAUUGGGAUGUUGUUUGGAGACGGAAAUUCCAUUACUAGUUUAUGAGUUUAUACCCAACGGAACUCUUUUCCACCAUAUUCAUUAUCCGAAUGCAGAGUUCCAAAUCACUUGGAAAAUGCGCUUACAGAUUGCUUCUGAUUCAGCUGGAGCACUCGCGUAUUUGCAUUCAUCAUCAUCUAUUCCUAUAUUUCACAGAGACAUCAAGUCUUCCAACAUACUUUUGGAUGACAAGUAUAGGGCUAAAUUAUCAGAUUUCGGAACCUCAAAAUCAGUGGCGACUGAUCAAACCCAUGUAACCACUGAAGUAAUGGGAACAUUUGGUUAUUUAGAUCCAGGGUACUUUCAAUCUAGUCAGUUUACUGAAAAGAGUGACGUUUACAGUUUUGGUGUGGUACUUGUUGAGCUUUUAACAGGACAGAAAGCAAUACGCGCAAUAUCAGAAGAGGAUCGAAGUUUGACAACAUGGUUUCUUUCCCAUAUGGAAGACUCUAGUUUGCUUGAUAUUAUAGAUUCUCAAAUUCUACAAAAGAGUUUGAAGGGAGAGUUUCUUACAAUUGCUAAUCUCGCAAAACGAUGUUUAAACUUGGAUGGAAAGAAAAGACCAGCCAUGAAAGAAGUUUUGCAAGAGAUAGAAGCAGUAUUGUCAAUUCAUCUGUCUACUGGAAAAACAUCCAAAGGUUUAUACUAUAAUGAUUUUACAAGUUUUAGCACUUCUUAUAUGGAAAACAGCUCUUCUAGCUCUGCUGAACCUUCUCUAUUAUUCAGUCGAUAACAUUAUAUAACAUGUGUCCACAAGGAUGCUCCAUAUUUUAUUUCAUGUAAAUUUUAUUUUUGAAGAGCUUAUAUUAUGAUUCUCUUCAAAAUUUAUGCUACUGUUAGUGCUGUACAUCUAUAAUAGUAUGAGUUAUAUUGUAACUAGCAUAAAAGCUAUAUCAAAGAUGAGCAUUGAUUAUAAAAAUCAAAUGUUAUUGGAUGAAUUACAUGAUUCUCAAUGUAUAUCUUGUUUCAAAUAUUAAAAUUUUCAUACUUUGUAAUAUUUAUCAAUAUGUAAUUGUAUAAAUAUAUGGUCGA